AUGCGGUUCCAGAGCCGAUUCCAGCGGUUCAUGAACCACCGGGCCCCCGCCAAUGGCCGCUACAAGCCAACUUGUUACGAACAUGCGUUCCUCAUUGUUCCGGCCAUUGUGGGCAGUGCCCUCCUUCACCGGCUCGCUGAUGACUGCUGGGAAAAGAUAACAGCUUGGAUUUAUGGAAUGGGCCUCUGCGCCCUCUUCAUCGUUUCCACAGUAUUCCACAUCGUAGCAUGGAAAAGGAGCCACUUAAGGACGGUGGAGCAUUGCUUUCACAUGUGCGACAGGAUGGUCAUCUGUUUCUUCAUUGCUGCGUCCUACGCGCCAUGGUUAAAUCUCCGUGAACUUGGACCCCUGGCGUCUCAUAUGCGUUGGUUUAUCUGGCUCAUGGCAGCUGGAGGAACCAUUUAUGUAUUUCUCUACCAUGAAAAGUAUAAGGUGAUUGAGCUCUUUUUCUAUCUCACAAGGGGCUUUUCUCCUGCCUUGGUGGUAACAUCAAUGGAAAAUUCCCACCCUUGCCCUGACAGAACUUGGAAUCAAGCAGAAAAAUACAGUUCAUAUAAAAUGAGAAGCGGCCAUCAAGUUUUAUGUCUCUGACUGGGGAAGGUGUAGCCUGCUCUGGGAGC